UCUGCUACGGUGUUCUGGCGUAUGCCAUGUCAGCGUACCGGCAUAGGACGUCUUGACCCGUUGAUGGAUCCCGGCGAGAUCGCUGACCAUGUACACACCAUUCACGGCGGCGGCAACUUUGGUCUCAACACAACUUAUGAAGACCUCGCGCAUCCCCCGGCUGGUCCGCAGAAUUGCACGUCUUGCCAGGUCAUUCAGGACAAGUCAGCGUACUGGACUCCGGCGCUGUACUUCAUGAGGCCUAACGGCACGACCGAGCUUGUACAUCAGGUGGGAGGUAUGCUGGCAUACUACGAAAAGACCUUCUCCGAUGCUGUACCGUUUCCGGAAGGCUUCCGAAUGCUUGCCGGCAACAGGAAUGUUCGCAACUUCUCGGGCCCAUUUCCCGAUACGGACCAGUCAACGUGGCCCUGGGACGCCUCGGAUCAGUUCUUCCUUGAGCAGCGCGCCCUAGGGUUCAACUGCCUGCACUACGCCACGGCUCCUGAACCAUCGCUUUACCGCCAUGAAAUGCCGAACAAGACAUUCAUGGACACUACAUGUACGAAUGGCUUGCGGUUGGAGCUCGCUUUUCCGACCUGUGGUAACGGAUCGCUGGACUCAAGCGAUCACCAAUCUCACAUGAGGUAUCCCAGCGUGAUCAAUGGCGGUAAUUGUCCGACGGGCUUUGACGUUCACUUUCCAUAUCUGCAUUACGAGACGAUCUGGAACACGCAAGACUUCGCAUACGAGGACGGCGAGUUCGUAUUCUCCAAUGGCGAUCCUGUAGGAACCGGCUACCAUGGCGACUUUAUCAUGGGCUGGGAGUCCAGUGGUUAUUUGGGACAAGCCAUGCAGGAAUGCACAAACUCGUCGGGACAAGUACAGGAUUGUCCGCUCUUCACCACACGGGGAGAUGAGGCCAACUUCUGCAACUUCACUGUGCCGGAGGUGCUUGUGCACGACAAUUCCUUAGCUCUCGGUACCGGCUUACCAGGCGGUGUGCCAAUUCAGUCAGGUCCUGCGCCUGCGGCAGCGUAUCCUGACGCGGGCCACGGCAGCCCAAGAACGAGCUCAAUCCCGUCAGCCUCUGCAGCCACU